AUGAAGUCCCUGGCCCUGCUUUUCCUGCUGUCUGUGGGCGCAGCCAGCGCUGCGCUCUCGUCCCGGGCUGUGUGGCAGCUUCGCAGCAUGAUCAAAUGCACCAUUCCAGACAGCUAUCCUCUGCUGGAAUAUGCUGACUACGGCUGCUACUGCGGCUUGGGAGGCAGCGGGACUCCAGUGGAUGAGCUCGACAGCUGCUGUCAAGCACAUGAUAACUGCUACUCGGAGGCAAUGGCACUGGACUCAUGCAAAUCCCUCUUUGAUAACCCCUACACAAACUCGUACAAAUUCAGCUGCUCCAGCGGAGAGAUUACGUGUAGCA